AUGGAUGAAACCCCAAGUUACCUCAACUUCAAACGUAGAAGAAAGUCUCAUACGGAACUUCCGUACGCUUCGAUCCAUGGUUCUGGAACGCUUACCAAAAUAGCCGAUCUCCCCAUAUCGUGCUCACCUAAUUUCUCCGUUUUUGAUGCGGCUAAGCUAAUGAGUGCCCGAAGAGCGCAUUGUAUCAUUGUCACAGAUGAAGAUACGGGGAAAAUGGUUGGUCUAGUGACAGCCAAGGAUAUGGCGUUUCGGGUGGUGGCUAGCGACUUGAACCCUCUGGAUUCGGUCACCCGCAUUAUGACCUCGACCCCUUAUUGUGUACCUUCGUACACCUCUGCUAAUGAUGCUCUUAGACUUAUGGUGAUUAAGAAAAUAAGGCAUCUGCCGCUUAUGGACGAUUGUGGUAUUGUCGUAGGACUACUUAAUAUCACCAAAUGUUUUUAUCAUGCGAUGAUUAGAUUAGAAAAGAUGUCUGACGGUGCACGCAGAUUGCAAUGCACCUUCGAAGAUUUAAACGAUGCCGACGAGUCAGCCGGCAAUGCUCUUGGGAGCAAAUACUCCGUUAUCAAUCGUUCGGAGUCUUCAGCAGCAGAUGUAUGUGCACAGGCCCCUGCAGUGAUACCGGCAACAACAGCUGAUUCGAUCUCAGUGGCGAAUGAGGAGCUUUUCGACCUCGAUAUUCGUCGUAGAAAGAUGAGUAUUGCUCAUGAUCUAAAAAGGUUGAUAGAAAUUCUGAAGCAACCAGAGUUACGAGAUUUGCUAAGUGAUGAUGUUCUUCACAUAGAUGAGUUUGCUGCUGUGGAUCCGGCCGCAUCAAUUUGGGAUGCUGCAAAGUUGCUCAAAGAGAAAAACAUUACUGCAGCAUUAAUCUGCAAAUCGCAUAAUCCAUCUUCGAAUUCAUUUCGUAUCAGAGCGGAAAACGUUAUCGGCAUUCUAACCACAAAAGAUAUACUAUUCAGGGUCUUAGCAAGUAAUUAUGAUGCGAAUUCUGUCAAGGUUGCUCGCGUCAUGACACCACGUCCAAACUUUGCUGAUGAAUCCAUGGGAAUCCAUACUGCCCUACGUUUGAUGUACGAGGGAAAAUAUUUGAAUCUUCCCAUAGUAAAUACAGAUGGAUUUGUUACGGGGUUGGUGAACGUGCUUCAUCUUACGAAUGCCCUUUUGAAGGCAUUGGAUCUUACUAGUGUAGAAUCCUCAAGUUUUCCCUAUAGACACUCAUCUGACACUUCGCGUUACGGAUCUGAAACAGAUGAAGGUAGUGGACCUGCGUGGAAUAAGUUUUGGGGCUCACUAGAUGAACCACUGAAGUCCCUUGGAUCGAGUGAACGUUUAUCAAUACGAAGCGGUUCGCACAAUCUUUCCAAAACCAGUGAUGCAAAGUCUUUUGCCAGUAACAUGAGGAGCAGUUCUGUUACUUCCAUCCCUCUACAACAGCAGUCUCUCUAUGCAAAACGUGGGUCGAAGCCUAGUUUUUCAUCACCUUUCAAUCCUCUAUUGAAUCCAAGUUUGAGUCUCACCGAUAUGAGCAUGAUGACAGCGUCACCCCCAACAGCGCAUACCCUUGUACAACCAGGUAUAGCAUCGGCAAUAUCGAAAGACGAAUCUGAUGCUAAGAUACUUAGAUUUAAGUUGAAGGUGAGGGAAUCAAUGGAUCUCAAUUUGGACGGAAAGAUAUAUAAAGUCAAGGUCACUGUUGAUGCUGGAAAUAGAGAUGAGGAUUUGCUAUCAAUUAUUAAGGAAAAGAUCUUUCUCAAACUAGAACUAAGCAGCCUUUCCAACUGCCUCUUUGACUUCGGUUACAUUGACGAUGACAAUGAUUUAGUUGCACUUGAUAAAAACGAGGAUUUAGAGGCCGCCCUAGAGUUCAAUCUGAGCAGAAUGCUGCUGUUAGUGCUUACGAUGAAGGAGAAAUCACCUGACUGCAGCGGUUAUUUACCUAACCGUGAAUCUCACGUCGGUACCAAUAAACCAACUAUUCUGCCUACUCCCAAUCACACUGCAACUGCAGUCAUGCUUGUGUCAUCCAUUAUUUGCGGCACUUUCCUAUUCUCGAGACUAUGGGCUCCGGUUACAAAAUAA